UGAAACUUGGUCCCAGGCAAAACAGAGCUCCAGAAAUGGCGAACCAAAACUCAAACCACUCUCUUCCAUCCUCAGUUGAUCCCCACAGCGGUUUCUGCUCCCAAACCAAAACCUACCACAGCAUCAGACCCCACCCUCCUCUACCUCCCCAAUCCCUCUCUCUCUCCGUCACCGACUUCACUUUCUCUCUCCUCCGCCAGAACAACCCCUCGCCUCCAACCCCCACGCCACCCGCCCUCAUCGACGCCGCCACCGGCCGCAGCAUUCCCUACCACGAACUGAUAACCCUCACCAAAACCCUUGCCACCUCCCUGCACCGCCGACUCGGCCUCGCCCGGGGCGACUCGGCGUUCGUCCUCUCCGCCAACUCGGCCCGCGUCCCGGUUCUCUACCUCGCCCUGUUCUCCCUCGGCGUCGUCGUUUCGCCCUCGAAUCCGAGCAGCACGCCCUCGGAAGUAUCGCGCCAGAUCGAGCUGUGCGAACCGGUUGUUGCCUUCGUCACCGGUGACGUCAAUGAGGAAAUUGUAUCGCUGUUCAGACGGACGAUUCGUCUCGACUCGUCCGAGUUCGAGUCGAUGAUGACGGCUCGGUGCGAGGAGUUUGUCCGAAUCGAAGUUGGUCAGAAUGAUACGGCCGCUAUCCUGUAUUCUUCUGGUACUACCGGGAAAUUCAAAGGCGUGGAAUUAACCCAUCGAAAUUUCAUUUCGUCACUUGCCGGAGGCCAAGCUGUUCGGACGGUGAGACCCUCGCCGGCGGUGAUCCUGUGUGCUGUCCCCUACUUCCACGUUUAUGGGUUUCUUUAUUCUGUGAGGUCGGUGAUGAUGGGUGAGAGUUUGGUGUCAAUUGGGAAGUUUGAUUUAGUGCAGAUGAUCAAAGCAAUUGAAGGGUUCAGGGUCACUCACGUGGCGGUGGCCCCACCUGUCAUCGUUAGUAUGGUGAACGUUUGUGAUUGGACGAACGGUCACGAUUUGAGUUCAUUGGAGGUGGUGGUGUCCGCUGGAGCUCCGCUUACAAAGGCGUUGAUCGAGAGGUUUAAGAAGAGGUUUCCUAGAGUCCUAUUACCGCAGGCAUAUGGAUUGACCGAAUCAACUGCCGGGAUCUCGCGAAUGGUGGAUCCAAUUGAAAGCCAAAAAAUUGGGGCGUCAGGCCGUCUGGUGCCAUAUUGCCAAGCGAAAAUAGUAGAUGUUGAGACUGGCAUGAGUUUACCUCCUUUCAAGCAAGGGGAACUUUGGCUUAGAGGCCCAUCCGUAAUGAAGGGCUAUGUGGGUGACCCAGAAGCAACUUCAGCCAUUUUGGAUUCAGAGGGAUGGCUAAGAACUGGGGACUUGUGUUAUUUUGACAGUGAAGGAUUCUUAUAUGUUGUGGACCGUCUUAAGGAGUUAAUCAAGUACAAAGGCUAUCCGGUUGCUCCAGUGGAGUUGGAAAAUCUCCUUCAAACCCAUCCAGACAUUGUUGAUGUGGCUGUAGUUCCGUACCCUGAUGAGGAAGCAGGUCAAGUGCCCAUGGCCUUUAUCGUAAAACGGCCAGAGAGCAUAAUAGACGAAUCACACAUAAAGGAUUUUGUUGCUAGACAGGUUGCUCCUUAUAAGAAAAUAAGGCGGGUAUCGUUCAUUGGUUCACUACCGAAAAAUGCUCCUGGUAAGGUCUUGAGGAAAGAAUUGAUCAAGCUCGCAUUAUCCGGUGUUUCCUCAAAGUUAUGACUUCAAGAUAGUCACUUCUGUGCGGUUGUUAUUCUCAUAAUCACUAGGAGAUUAGGAGUUCAAAUCUCCCAAUCUGUGUGUGGAUGUUUUUUCUCCUGUAUUUGUUUAAAUUUUUUCCCCCCUUGAUGGCGCAAUUAGUUUGGGUUUGAUGGCGCUAUUAGUUUGGGUUGGAUGAUGAUUGUGGAUUUGUUUCUGGUUUGAUAUAAUACUUAUACUGUUUGUAAUAAAUAAAUAAAUAUAUGUACGUAUAUCUAGUAAUA